CACAUAUCCGCAUAGGUGCACUGACCACAGAACCUCAAACAUUUCACUGUUUUACUUUAAAAGACUCUCCUUUCACACAACUAUUCGGUAACAAAAGCGGGAGAAUUAAUCAUCUUAAGCGAACUGCAUUGUUUCACAGCCACUCUGGUGUUAUGACAUCGACAGAUCUUACAUGUGAUGACUCUUAAAUCUGCAAUAUAGACACAAGGGGAUAUAACAAAGACAUCAGUAACGAAAUCCUUAAAACAUUUUAAAUACUCCCCACAUCAUUAGUGUGAUCACUAUUAAAUGUCAAAUCGUCAAAAACAACUUGUAUGUCUACAUAUAUACAUAUAUCCAGUGAUCUAUCUCGUAAUAUCUAGUAAUAACUGGUAGGGACAACUAGACUUAAUUUCCCUUUUUAUAGUAUCACCUAACAGACAAGUAAUCUGAAUAUCCGGUCUAGGCCACGUUUACGUCAGAAAAAUAAAUAUAGUAACAUGGACUUAACGGAUUAUCAUCAACGUCCACUCUCAGUUUCUAUAUUGAUGCUUACAUUCAGUUUUGUUUUACCUUCAGGACUGGGUAAAAGAUGCUAUGUGUGUUACAGCGGCGAACAGCAGACAUCAAAAAGUUAUUGUCCGCCACAAAGUAUUACGGCUCCGUAUCUCACCAAUUCUGAAGCUUGCUAUGGCAGUUGUUUCGUUCGGGUAAAAAAGCAAAAUCCAAACGUUAUAUUUCGUGGCUGCACCGAUUUACAUCCUGACCUACCACCUCAUUUACCACUCAAAAGUUGUCGCAGCUAUUCAAACGAACAAUGGUGCUUCUGUGAUACAAAUCUCUGCAACAGAGCUUCGAUGGAUGAGCUAAGAAAUCCUCCCACUGAGGAGGAGGAAGAAAUAAUUCCGAAAAGAACGGAAGAAAGUAAAGUGCUGCUGUUUCCAACUAACAAGGCCAAUGAACCAACAGAGCGAAACAAUUACAUAACUCGAACUACACAUCUAGUAAAACCUCAAUGGUUUUUGAAACGUGUACCAUCACAGCUAAAAGAUCACAAAAACCUUUCAGGUGGUCCAGAAGCGUAUUUGAACAUUCCCAUAUCAAACAGUAGCUCCAGUACUUUCGUAGUGAAUAAGAUCGCUUGGGAAUCUGAAAGAACGACUAGAGGCAUAAACGGUUCGGAAUCUUACACAGAGUCGAUGUCUCGUCAAUGUUUACCUUCGCUAUUAUUAGUUUCUGUCACAUUGAUGGUAUCUCUCUGUGUGAGACUUCAGUUAUUUAAAAACUACUAAUUUAAAAUCAGUCUAAUCUUUAACCCAAGCAAUUGUUAAUUGUAAAAAGGGACUUUUUCUAAUUCAUUUUUUUCCCCUUUCGGGAAGUGAGAAUGGGGGUAAGUUGUUUCUAGUGUACUUUUCACUCGCUUUUAGACAUUGUGUGUGUGUGUGUGUGUGCGUAUGUGUGUGUGUGUGUGUGCGUGCGUGUGUGUGUGUGUGUGUGUGUGUGUGUGUGUGUGUGUGUGUGUGUGUGUGUGUGUGUGUGUGUGUGUGUGGUAGAACCUGCUCGGCUGCAAAGCUGGACUAAUUUGACGAAAAUUUUACGCUCGCUCAUGUAUACCACUUAACCAGUUUCACACAUUACUAAUGGAAUUAAACUGAUGACCAGUAACAUUAUUCCCGUUGCUGAGGUUGAAGUUGAAGUCAUAACGAAUAUUUAGCCCAGUAACAGUAUUUUAACUCAGCACCGAAAAGUGACAAAAUAUUGGUUUCUUGCAACUGGACUAAAAUGCCUUAUGCGUGGAAAUGAAGUGUAAUUGUUUCAAUCAAGAAUCGAAACUGGCUGCUCAGUCUCGGCACAUCAAGAUCUUAUCUGUUGCCUUCUGGAGCUCACCCAAUUCUAAGACAAACUGAUUUCUGAUUUAAGCAAUAA